CGGCAUUGAGAUGGCUCAGGAAGAUCAAGAAUAUCGUCAGGCCAUAAUCAAUCGUUUACGGGAACGUAAUAGGCGCGAUGUGUUGCCAUUUAAAGAAAUCAUACAGCAAAAUAAUCGCCUACUGGACAGUGUUGCCCAGUUGAAAUCGGACAAUUUAAAAAUAUCCGUAGAAAAUGAACAGCUACGCACGGCCAUCUCAACAGGUGUCGGUGGCGGUAAAGAUAGCACAGCUGCCCAGUUGGCCAUUGCCGCAUUGGAAAAGAAACUUCUGGCCCAGCAGGAAGAAUUAACCUCCCUGCAUAAACGUAAAGGAGAAAAUUCCCAACUAAUCGUUGAUUUAAAUUUAAAAAUGGAAAAACAACAGCAAAUCAUUUCCAGCAAGGAACAAAGCCUUGCAGAACAGAAAAAUACCAACGCUUCCUUAAAGGCUGAAGUGCAAAUGUUAAAAUCCAGUCUCGAGGAAUUGAAAAAUCUCAAUACAACAUUGCGUGAUGAAUAUACCGCCUUACAGUUGGCUUUCAGUGCAUUAGAAGAUAAGUUGCGAAAUGUUCAGGACGAUUCAUAA